CCAUAAUCUAAUAAUCUAUUUUAUCCAAAUUCACCAAUGCAAAAGGAAGAGUCACAUUAUCCAAAAUGAAACCGGAAGUUCCACUACUAUUGGGGUCGUUUGGUUUUGUUGAUAGUUAAACAGAUGCAUUGUUAUCAAUGCAAGCAUAAUAAUAUACAUGCAUAUAAGAAAAUUGAUGUAUUGAGUUUACAUCGUUUGGUUUCUCUGAUAGUUAUUCUAGUAUUUAAAUAAGAUACUAAUAAAAUGUCACUUUUACCCUUUGCUUUCAAUAUGGAAAAGCAAAACACAUCAAAAGGUAGGGAUAUAGUUGGAAGAAGAAAACACCAACAAUCUCACAAAAAACUUGAGAUAUUACUAUCACUAAUUUUGAGUAAUAGUUUUCAUCAUAUCAAGCAAACAAUGCAUGUAUAGUUUGUACAGAAAAUUCAAAAAAACAAUACAAUGUGUACAAUGCAUGCAUUGUAAUUAUCUCAAGCAAACAAUUACCAAAACCAAACGAACCCAUAAACCUUGGGCCCGAUCCAUCAACUUGGCAAGCCCAAACUGAAAAUUACAAGCCUGAAAGAAAACGACGACGUUUCAUUAUCAGAGUUUCGGACAUCUCUUCCGCUCCAGUCUAAUCUCCGUCGCCGAAAACCGCUAGUCCAUCCGCCGCCGCCGCUGCUCUUCUCCUUCUCCCUCCAACAUUCCCCAACCGUAACUUCCCCCCUACAGUUCACGCGGUUGAUAGUUGGCCUUCCAGCACAAAACCUUGAGCUUCUUCCCUUCAUCCUCGAAACCAAUUAUUUUCAACUGAGCUCCGAAACUCAUACUGAACUGUGGCAGGGGAGAGACCGUGAAGGAAGCGAGAAUGAGCUCAGCAGGCAUUCCAAAGGAAGCAAUCGAAGUGAUUGCACAGACCGUAGGAAUUACGAAUCUCUCCCCUGAGGUUUCGCUUGCGCUUGCUCCUGAUGUCGAGUACCGGCUCCGUGAAAUUAUGCAGGAAGCAAUCAAGUGCAUGCGCCACGCUAGGAGAACCACUUUGACCGGCGACGAUGUAGAUAGCGCUCUUACCUUGAGAAAUGUCGAGCCUGUAUAUGGGUUUACCUCCAAGGACUCUCUGCGAUUCAAGAGAGCUGGUGGGUUUAAGGAUCUUUACUACGUUGAUGACAAGGUUGUGGAGUUUAAAGAUGUCAUGGAAUCGCCUUUACCGAAGCCUCCUCUGCAUACUGCAGUUACUGCUCACUGGCUAGCGAUUGAAGGAGUUCAACCCGCAAUUCCUGAGAAUCCUCCAGUUGAAGUCCUAACAGCAACUGCUGAUGUGAAAAGGUCAGAGUAUAAGGAAGAUGGUCUUCCUGUUGAUAUUAGAUUACCCGUCAAGCAUGUGCUAUCAAGAGAACUUCAGCUAUACUUUGAAAAGAUCAAGGUCCUAACCAUGAGGAGGCCUGACUCGGUCAUAUUCAAGCAAGCAUUACUGAGCUUGGCAACAGACUCAGGACUGCAUGCUUUAGUGCCUUAUUUCACACACUUUAUUGCCGAUGAGGUUGCGAGGAAUUUAAAUAACUUCUCUCUUUUGUUUGCACUGAUGCGCGUUACCCGAAGUCUGACCCAGAACUCCCACAUUCAUAUAGAACCUUAUCUACACCAACUCCUGCCAUCUAUUCUUACCUGCUUGGUUGCCAGAAGAUUGGGACACAGAUUAACAGACAAUCACUGGGAGUUAAGGAAUUUCACAGCCAAUCUUAUUGGUUCAAUAUGCAAAACAUUUGGGCAUCUUUAUCACAAUCUCCAACCACGUAUCACAAGGACCCUGGUUCAUGCAUUCCUCGACCCAACAAAGUCCUUGACUCAACAUUAUGGUGCAAUACAAGGACUAGCAGCUCUUGGACCCAGUGUGGUUCGACUGCUUAUACUACCAAACCUAGAGCCAUAUUUGUUGCUUAUUGAACCUGACAUGCAACUUGAGAAGCAAAAGAAUGAGGUGAAGAGGUAUGAAGCUUGGCGUGUAUAUGGUGCAUUGAUGCGUGCAGCGGGUUUGUGCUUGCAUGAUCGUCUUAAGAUCCUGCCCGGUUUACUGACUCCGCCAGCUCGACCAAUCUUGAAGAGCAAUGGCAAGAUCGUGACAGGAAUGGCAAACAAACGCAAGGCAAGCAGUGACAGCUUGAUGCAGCAGCAACCACCACUCAAGAAAAUGACCACUGAGGCUGGUGCAGUGGGGAUGAUGUCAAUGAAUCCCAUGCAAGGCGGCAGAUUCCCCCCAUCGCUAGUGGCCUCAGGGAUGAUGGGCGGUGUAACGUCAAUUUCUCGACAGUUACCGGGUCUGGGUGAGAAUAUGGCAGGAGCCGUGAGGGAUGCUGGAGCAAAAACAUCAUCCCUCGUCCUUGCUCAAGCUUGGAAGGAUGAUAUGAGUGCCGGCAAUUUGCUGGCUUCACUCUUUGAGCUCUUUGGUGAAAGAAUGUUCUCUUUUACCCCCAAACCUGAGUUGUCCUUUUUCUUGUGAUUCUUUAGCGGAAUUUUUAUGUAAAUUAAUCGUCGUCUGAAACAGAAUGACCAAUAUACAAUGUCACAGGUGUAGUGGAAAUGUGUAAUAGAAAUUUUGAAUUGAAGAUCAGAAGUCAAUAAUUGUGUUGAGUGCAGUAUACAAGCCCUAUAAAGCUAAUGAUUUCAG